AUGGCGCAGCAAGUAAAUCAGACGGACAAGGUGAAAUUCUGCUGUUCGAUCUGUCUGGAUCUACUGAAGGAUCCGGUGACUAUUCCCUGUGGACACAACUACUGCAUGCGCUGUAUUCAAACCCACUGGGAUAAAGGAAAUCAGAAGAUAAAUAACAGUUGUCCUCAGUGCGGACAGACUUUCAACCCGAAGCCUGUCCUGGUGAAGAACACCAUGUUGGCAGAGUUGGUGGAGGAACUGAAGAAGACUGGACUCCAAGCUCCUCCAGCUGAUCACUGCUAUGCCGGACCUGGAGAUGUGGCCUGUGAUGUCUGCACUGGGAAGAAGCUGAAAGCCUCCAAGUCCUGUCUGCAGUGUCUGGCUUCUUACUGUGAGCAACACCUCCAGCCUCACUAUGAAUCUCCUGCUUUUAAAAAACACAAACUCAUCGAAGCCUCUGUCAAGCUUCAGGAGAACAUCUGCUCCAAUCACGACAAGUUAAAAGAGAUUUACUGCCGCACUAACCAGCAGUGUAUCUGCUUUCUCUGCUCACUGGACGACCAUAAAGGCCACGACACAGUCUCAGCUGCAGCAGAGAGGACGGAGAAGCAGAAGAAGCUCGGUGAAAGUCGGCAAAGAAUCCAGCAGAGAGUCCAGGACAGAGAAAAAGACGUGAAGAAGCUUCAGGAAGAGACGGAGACCAUCAAUCGCUCUGCUGAUAAAGCAGUGGAGGACAGUGAGAAGAUUUUUACUGAGUUGAUAAAUCUCAUUGAGAAAAGACGCUCUGAUGUGAAGCAGCAGAUCAGAUCCAGGCAGGGAACUGAAGUGGGUCGAGUCAAAUCCCUUGAAAACAAGCUGAACCAGGAGAUCGCUGAGCUGAAGAGGAAAGACGCCGGGCUGGAGGAGCUCUCACGUACAGAGGACCACACCCACUUUCUUCACAGUUACCCCUCACUGUCAAAUAUCACUCAGACUACAGACUCACCAAGACCAAACAUCUACUGUCUGCAGUACUUUGAGGAUGUGGUGGCAACUUUGACAGCAGCCAGAGAUAAAAUGCUCGCCAUUCUUACUGGGACAUGGAGUUUAUCAGAACCAACGACCAGAGCUGAGUUCUUACAGUAUUCAUGUGAAAUCACACUGGAUCCAAACACAGCAAACACAUGGCUGGUGUUGUCGGACGGAAACAGAAAAACAACAUUGGACAGGAAAAAUAAGCAAUAUCCUUAUCAUCAAGAAAGAUUCAGUCAACAAGCUCAGGUCUUGAGUAAAGAUGGACUGACUGGACGUUGUUACUGGGAGGUGGAGAUGAGCGGGAAUUCCAGAGUUGCAGUCGCUUACAAGAGUAUCAGCAGAUCAGGACACUCCUUUUUAUAUGUAUUUGGAUGCAAUGAGAAGUCUUGGGCACUAAAUUGGAACAAUGCUUAUACCUUCAUGCAUGAAAACCGCUCCCUCAACAUCUCAGGCCCUAAAUCCUCCAGAAUAGGAGUCUACCUGGAUCACAGAGCAGGUAUUCUGUCUUUCUACAGCGUCUCUGAAACUACAACUCUCCUCCACAGAGUCCAGACCACGUUCACUGAGCCGCUCCAUGCUGGAUUUUUCCUCUUUGGUUCUGAUGGAGACACUGCUGAGUUCUGUGACAAAAAGUAG